AUCGAACGAGGGAGCAAAAGGAAGAACAGAGGGAAUUUGGCGGUCUUGGUGUCGCGCAACGUGCUGUUAGAUCGAUCACGGGCUUGUGGAUGAGUGUUGGAGCAAGGCGCUGGUGAUCUUGCGGGGAUUCUAUGGAGAAAUCCAGGGAUUGUGAGCUCUGCCAGGUGAGGGCGGCGGUGUAUUGCUGCGCCGAUGAAGCGUACCUGUGCUGGAAGUGUGAUUCUAAGGUUCACGGGGCGAAUUUCAUCGUCGCCAGGCACUUGAGGUCGAUUCUUUGCGGUCGAUGCCAUUCUCCCACGGCUGUUCUUGCGGAAUCGUCGCCGCCGGGCCCUUGUUCUUCUCCUCUGUGCCCUACUUGCGCUUGUCCAGCGUCCCUGGGCGAUAUUUCGGAGGAUUCCAUUCACAGCCAGCAUUCUUCCACCAUGGAUCAUGAUCCAGCCGCGGAAGAGGAGGUUUCGUCCGCGGCGCCGAAGAGGGCUCGAUCGAGCGAGCUAAGAACCAGAUCUAGAUCGCCGUCGCCGGAUUCCGUGAUUCCUGUUAGUAGGAAGCGCAAGAAUGCGGCAAUCGACGCGGCAGUGAUCCCCACGCAGCAGCUGGUAACGCUGGGGAGAUUGGAGUGUGUUCUUCGGAACUGGGAGGGUGCUCUGGGGCUAGAGCGCUCGGAUCACAGGGUUUCGCUGGCAAUGCAGCUAUUGCGGAGGAUUGCGGUGUCGAUCAAGGUGAAUCGGCUGCCAAAGCUGGAUGCCCGCGCCGCGCUUGCCGUGUGCCUGUGGAUCUCCCUCAAGCUCGAGCGUGAUCGAUUGUCGCGAUCGAUUCCUAGGGUUGAUCUAUUUGGGCGGUGCACGGGCAUCGCUGCUGACGUCUUGCUCACUGUGGAGGCCAGGCUUUGCGACGAGCUCUCCACGCCAAGGGUUUUCUUUUAAGAGAAAAAGAUUUGGUGACGUGUCAAGUUGUGAUGGACGUGUCCAUGACGUGGCUUGUGUACCAGUAGGGCAUCGUGACCGUCGGAUGACGGGGCGUUAGGGCAUGCGUAGUAAAGCGUGUUUAUCCAACGGUCACGUCCUGCGAGGGAAAAAAAUUAGGGCUUUUUCAAAUGUGGGCAACAUGGUAUGAUCCUCAGGAGAGGCUUUCGGGGAGGAGGUUGUCCGUGUUGGUGCCCUAGCGGCGGCGGCGGCGGCGUGAAAGAAGGCGCAGAUCCAGGUAGCGGGGGAUCUGGUGGCAGCAGUAGUGAGAAUACCGUGACCGCUAGGGUUUUGCCGAGCGCGCCAGCAUCCGGCUUAGCACGCAUUCUAUCCAGGUCUUUGAGCCGCAAAGAGCGCGAGGAUAAAGAGGCUGCUGCUCGCGAGGAGCAGCGCAUCCAAGGGAUCAUCAUGGCGGCUAUGGUGUCAGAUAGCAAGACGCCCAAGGAUGUUCGCUACGAUCCGCAUGCACCGGGCGAUAAUCCCUUUGAAUUGCCGCAUCUCGCCGAUUUUCUUCCUCUCCCUCCGGUGGAAUCAACUUACAGAGCCAAGAGCGGGUACGCCAGGAAACAAAAGAGCUAGUGCUAAACUUCUCUCUUCGUGUUUGUAAGGCCGUUUCCUCAAGAAGGGGCUGUUCCGUCGAAAGCCACUCCGGAUAGUCAGGAUAUGCGUCGUCUGUUUGUUCAUGACGACGAUAGAGUUCUUCUCAAGGUAAAGGUCUUUGAAAGAACAGCAACUUAAACGUA